UGACUUGGACAUGCCUCAUGUUAAAUAACUGUAGUUAUUUAAUUUGUCUUGAUUAAGAAUCUUACUGUGGAUUGCAACAUUUGUAUAUUAAAUUUUAAUACACUGUUGGUCAAUAUCUACGGCCUAUAAAUAAAAGGAUUCUCCAGGCUCCUGGGAAGAUUCUCUCAAUGAAUUUCAGGUUCGAGAUGAGUCAAUUCACGAUGAGAAAUCUCUAUCUUGUGUUUAUGGUGCUUUUUGUUAUUUUCUUUCCUGCUGAAACAGGUGGGUAUCCAAAUAAAGACAUUUUUGAGUGUAUGCUUAACAGAGGUAUCUGUGUUAAAGGAGCUUGUAAUACUAUAAAAGCAACCAUUGGUACCUGUGCUGGUAGGAAAUAUGUGUGCUGCAAGUAUUGAAUAUAAAGAGAAAAAACUUGUGUGUGGAGGCUUUGGGGAAUGGAAAUGUAAAAAGGUAGAAGACUGGAUGAAAUUCAUGGAAUUGACUAUUCUUAUUUUACCCAAAGAGAAUCUCAUUUUAAAAUCCCACUUGAAAUAAAAAUGAUUCCUGGA